AUUGAUUUUACGGAUUACCAAUUUUCGCCAAUGUUCGCAGACGAGGAAGACAACAACACCGCUAAUGUUGUUCCUUGUGAUUUGUCCCUCGCCCCCAUAAUCCAAUACAACCAACUUAUUUUAGGGCUCUUUUCCGCCACGGAAAAAAUGAUAGUAGUGGAUAAAGAAGAAACUAACCCCAGAGAAACUAGUAAAAGCGAGGGUGAAAAAAGAAAGGCGGAAGAACAGAUGAAAGAAAUUAACCAGGCUUAUGGGGUGCUUGGUGAUAAAGAAAAAAAACAAAGAUAUGAUGCUUAUGGUAGCGAAGAGGCUUUUUUUCGUCCGUCCGGCGGAACUGAUUUUGAAAGAUUUCGCCGUUCUUCUCCGAUUAUUGAUGAGAUUUUCAGCAGUUUUAUGCAGGACUUUGAUUUUCGGGGAGGAACGGAAUACUGGCAAGAUAGAGCCCGUGCUGCUAACAGAGAAAAAAAAUCCCAACCCGGGCAAGAUUUAGUUUUUAGUUUACCUUUGACUCAAAAAGAAUUAAUUUCCGGAACGAAAAAAAAAGUGGCUUUUUCUGUUACUAGGAUUUGUUCGCGAUGUCAACAAACUGGAACUGAUACUAAAUGUGUAAUCUGCAAAGGACAAGGAGUAAUCAACACCGUUCAGCAAACCUUUUUAGGAAAUUUUCGUCUUCAAACUACUUGUCCUCGCUGCCAAGGUAGUUGUCCUCAAUGUCUUGGUCGCAAAUUUGUCAUCCGAAAGAAAACUUUGGAAAUUAGUGUCCCGACUGGUCUCAAACCUAACCAAAAAGUUCGUUUUCGGGGCACGGGCAACGACAGUUUACAUGGUGGAACUAGGGGCGACGUUUAUUUUGUGAUAAAGGUUGUGGAUUAG